AUGAAGAGGCGAGUAGGCAGUGUCAACACCCUGCACCAACAGAGCUCUGUCGUGCAGAUAAGGUUCGAUAAGACAGAACUGAUGCCAGUUCAGAUUCCACAUGAGGAUCCCUUGGUUGUCAGUUUGACAGUGGCAGAAUGCUUAGUACGAAAAGUGCUCAUCGAUCCGGGUAGCAGUGUGAAUAUCAUGCCUAUAGUCACUUUUGAUCGGCUUGAAAUUAAGCCAGAGGAGCUCAAGUCUACUAGAAAUCCGUUGUUGGGGUUUGAUGGCAAACGAGUCGAACCGAUCGGCACAGUUGAAUUAGUGGUCCGAGCAGCUGAGAGGGACUUAGUCGAAAGUUUUGUGGUGGUGGAAAUCCAUCCCUCCUACAAUUUGUUGAUGGGAAGAGGAUGGAUCCAUACGGUACAGGGAGUCCCCUCAACCCUACACCAAGUGAUGAGGUGCCUAAUCCCAGACGGGAGCAAGGUGAUUGAUAUCCAUGGGGAUCAGGUUGCAGCAAAGGAAUGCUACUCAGUGACUCUGAAAGCCGCAAGGAAGGGAAAUGCUCCCAUCCGAUCUGCUGAUCCACAUUAG